AUGGCAACCUCGAGAACUCCUAACACCACAGAACAAGAUGCAUACUCAGAUAUUGCCAGUGGUGACUCUUUGAGCGACCAUGACUUUCCUCACCCUCCGCCGAAGCGCAGGCGCAUCUUGCAGAAGAGUGAUAAAGUAUUGUCUCAGACUCGGAUUCAUCCAUCAUCGCUUUCCAGAGUGAAAAUAGGCGCACCUCCUAUCGCAGAUGGCACAAAAUCGAUCGAUCAACCCCCAAUUCCUACUACAUCUGAUACUUUUCAGUCGUUGAACGUGUCACCAUGGCUGGUGCGCUCUCUUGCUGCAAUGGCGAUUCAAAAUCCCACCGAAAUUCAAAAAGCUUGCAUACCUGAAAUACUAAAGGGAAGAGAUUGCAUAGGAGGGUCAAGAACAGGUACUGGAAAAACCGUGGCCUUCGCAGUUCCAAUAUUACAAAAAUGGGCAGAGGAUCCUUUUGGAAUUUAUGCGGUGGUUCUAACACCAACUCGAGAACUCGCUCUGCAAAUCUACGAACAAUUCCAGGCCCUCGGUACACCACAAAACCUGAAAACGGUUCUCAUAACAGGAGGCAGCGACAUGAGGCCACAGGCAGUGGCCCUUGCGAAACGGCCUCACAUUGUUGUUGCGACUCCUGGCCGGCUUGCCGAUCACAUCCUCAGCUCUGGUAAAGAAACCACCAUCGGUCUGUCGCGAACCAAAGUGGUGGUACUGGACGAGGCUGAUCGCCUCCUUGCUCCCGGUCCAGGCUCAAUGCUCUCUGACCUCAACACCUGUCUCUCAGCCCUUCCUCCAUCUUCUGCUCGGUCGACGCUUCUCUUCACUGCCACCAUCACGCCAGAAGUUCGCGCGCUGAAGGAAUCACGUCCUCAAGAUCGUCCGCCAAUCUUCGUUUCCGAAAUCACUGACGAUUCUGACUCCUCCGUUGCACCUAGUCUCAUCCCAUCAACGCUGAUUCAGACCUAUCUCCAGGUUCCCAUGACCCACAAAGACGCUUUCCUGCAUGUCCUCCUUCAGGUGCCCUCCUUCACCAAAUCUCCUGAACCGAGCAUAAUGGUCUUUGUGAAUCGUACGACGACGGCAGACAUCUUACACCGCACACUCCUGCAACUCUCCCAUCCUGUGACCGCGUUACACUCAGAACUCCCGCAAAGCCAGAGGAAUAGAAACCUUUCCGACUUCCGAGCUCGAAAGGCUCGAAUUCUCAUUGCAACAGACGUCGCGUCUCGAGGUCUCGAUAUUCAUGAGGUGAAUUUUGUGAUCAAUUAUGAUAUACCUCGAAAUCCGACCGAUUAUGUCCACCGGGUAGGUCGUACAGCAAGAGCGGGGAAAAAAGGAACCGGCAUCACUUUUGUCGGCCAGCGGGACGUGGCUCUUAUCCUGGCCAUUGAAGAAUAUGUGGGGAGCAAGAUGUCGGAAUGGACUGAAGAAGGAGUCAACGUGGAGACCAGAGUUGUCAAAGGCAGAACACUAAAGGAUGUGGCAGAGGCGAAAAUGGAGGCUCUCAGAGAUAUUGAGGGUGGUAAGGAUGUCAACGGCUGGAGAAGGAAGAUCAAAAAGGAUAAGAAACGUGCAAGAAAUGAAUGA